AUGAACGACAGAAUUAUAACCGGAGGAAGAGAGAAAAUAUUACCCAAAGAAAAAGGCGUAGAUGAGAAACAGAAGGAUCAACUGUACUCUGACAGAAGCGGUUGGUGGAGAAAUACUAUUAAGAACUAUCCCAUUCCUGGUAGCUACCACAUCCGAGACUUCUUAGAGGAGGCAGAACUCAACCCCGUGCCUAGGACAUACAGCUUCAAAGGGUCUGGGCGAAAUACCCUCAUGUCCACCAUGGGUCAAGGGGAAAUGCUAUUGCCUGGGGCUUAUAACUUCACCAACUCAACUACUGAGGCUCUCCAGUGCCAAGCAACUUACUCUUUCAGAAGCUGUCCCAGACCUGACAACUACACUUUAGGCCUCAGGGAUAAGGAUAUUAACCUCUCACCAGGUCAUUAUGAUAUUACAGAGAAGCCAGUCUCCAAGUCACCCUGCAAACAUGUGAUGUUCAGAUCAGUGGUACAGAGGGUCAGCUUUCUCCCGAAAGAGGGACCAGCACCUGGACAUUAUAACCCAAGACAAAACACAGGCACUGCAGUAACUUCCUGUUUUAGGUCAACAGUACCACGUCUAUAUGGUGUGCACAUGGGAACUCCGGGACCAGCUACAUAUCAGCUCACAUGGCACAAAGGCCAGCGGAAUAGCACUGAGAUUAAAAUAAACAAGACCCACAACCUCCUUUUCCGCCACAUACCUUGAAAUUACCCCUCCCUUGUGCCUUUGGUUUUCCCAUAAUUAAAAAUUUCAUUUGUUCAUCAGAGGUCACCACAGUGGAAUGAACUGCCAACUUAUCCAGCGUGUUUUAAACAGGUGUG